UAACACCUGGUAAAAAUAAAUAAAUAAAUAAAAAAGAAAAUCAUAGCGUUUGGUGUGCGCAUGCGCAGUUAAACCUAUGAGCUUUAACGACACAAGACUAGACGCAAGGGACACGUUAAACCGGAAAGUUACCCAACUUUCGUCCUUCGAGGCUCGGAGAUAGACCAUCCACAGGGCCAACUGAUCUUCGGUAGCGGAGUAGAGCAUGACAAUUGUUGUCAGAAUUCCAGCAUGUCCCCUCAAGUGCACCUCCAUCUUCUCCCGAGCACACGCUGCCUUUUCGACGAGCCCAUCCAUGCAAAGGUGGCCGGUCUGGGGUCCGGGCAGGUGGUCACCAUGAGGGCCCGAGCCACCGACGAGCGGGGGGUGGUCUUCCGCUCGGCGGCCAUCUAUCGGGCGGACGGCGGCGGGGAGCUGGACCUGUGCCGGGACGCCGCUCUGUGCGGCACCUACGAGGGGGUGGAGCCCAUGGGCCUGCUGUGGUCUAUGCGGGCAACUGUCCCUCACAAGUAUUUCCAUUGGAGUAAGGCGCUGAGUCCUCAUGUGGUCAGGUUCUCAGUGCACGACGGCGUGGACGUGGAGGAGGAGGAGCGGGGAGGCGCCCUAGCAGAGGCCACCAACGAGAGGGUCCUGAUGGGGGAGGGCGUCACGCGGGAGGUCGUCGACCUCGGGAAGUGUAGCACGGUGUUGUUCAUACCACCAGGUGAGGGUCCAUUCCCGGGCGUGCUGGAUUUGUCCACCUUUAUGUCCGAGAAGCGAGGUAGCCUGUUGUCCAACAAAGGCUUCGUGGUCCUGAGCGUUGCCGUCUUAUACGACAAACCAGCCAACAUCAAGCACUUGGAGCUGGACUACUUUGAGAAGGCUCUCCGCUUCCUACAGCAGCACCCCAAGGUGGGCAGUGACGGGUUGGGCGUGAUUGGGCGUUCCAAAGCGGGCGACAUUGCCCUGUCCUUGGCAUCCUUCCUGCCCGGCGUACGUGCGGUGGUCUGGAUCAACGCCUGCAGCGCCAACAUCGGAACCCCUCUGCACUACCGGGGCCGACAGAUUCUCUCCCCCUUGACCGCGAACCUGACCAAAAUCAUGCCCACCUCCGACGGCGCCAGCAUCUUCAAAUUUUGCACCAGUGACCCCGACGGUGAAGAGAACCGGACCAGCCGGAUCCCUGUGGAGAACGCCAGCGCCCACUUCCUCUUCCUGGCUGCCGAGGACGACCUCAACUACGACUGCCGGACCUACAUGGAGAGCAUGGUGGCACGACUCAGGCGGGCCGGGAAUGAGAACGUGGAGACCGUGUGUUACCCUCGGGCCGGUCACCUCUUGGAGCCACCCUAUGGGCCGCACUGCCACUCAAGUCUGCAUGGGUACCUGCGCGAACGCGUCAUAUGGGGCGGCGAACCCCGAGCUCACGUCCACGCUGAGGUGCUCGCUUGGAAGAAGGUGGAGGAGUUUUUGAGAAGCCGGCUGAGCUGCCCACACACCAACACUAAAGCCAAAUUAUAAACUGAAGGAUGCGAAAUACAUAGAAUUUUUUUCUUUGCAAGUUUUUAAAAGAAAAAUUGUGAUGUGCAAUACCAGUUUCUGGAAUCAACUUGUAUUUUAUGUUAUAACCUUUUUUUAAUAAUCUUUUUAUCAUCAAACAUUGCACAAUUACAAACUACAAACUAAAUGGACCUCAUUAGUUCGACUUCAUUCUCGUAAGAUUAUUUUUUUUUCUCUAAAGAAAAAAAAUACUUAAUUCUCACAAGAUUCCAACUUUUUUUCUCAAAAUUAAACAACUUUAUCCUUGCAUAAUUACAUACUGUAGUUAUUUUUGAAAGAAAAAAAAUCAAAUUAUAUUCUUGUAAAGUAACAAUUUUACUCUUGGAAAAAAUACAUUAUUCUCACAAGAUUUACAUUUCUCGGAAAAGUACAACUUUAUUUUAUAAAAAAAAUGUAAAACUUCACAACUUGAUCGAAAAUUACUUUAUUCUUGAAUUUUUUUUAUCUCUGACAAAUAGGACUAUUCUGGCCCCCUAAAAACAAUUAUUCUUGAAAAAAGGUGACUUAAAAAAAUCUACUUUUUUCUUAAAAAAAUAUUAUUCUCCUGUGAUUACACCUAUUUUUAUUAUGAAUAUUAUUUAUAUUAUUAUCCCUUUUUCAAGACUACUCUGGCGAUAUUGAUUGUUUUCCUUGGGGAAAAAAAAAUCUGAAUUUAUUCUGGUAAAUUUACAACUGGAAAAAAAAAAUCCUAUAUGUAAACAAUAUUUCAAUUUUCUUUUCAAUAAUGGUAUCAUAAGAUUUUUUGGGUGAAAAAUGUAAAUGCAUUUUUUGAUGCUUGAUGGAGUGUUCGAAUUAUUACCUGCAAUACUGUAGCAGUUUCAAUCUAGAUAAACUUGUAUUGGCUCUUUGUGCCUUCGGGGGUGCAAAUGAGCCAUUGUUGUAAAAGUAGAAGAAUCUGAUUGGGUGUGAUGAUGCAAACGAGCUGUGUUUCUAUCCAUAGAACUCUUGAAUUUUACUUUAUAACAAAUUAUGAUAAGCAUUGGAAUGAAUUUGAUGAGUUGUCAAUAGCCGAUCCAUUGCGUUUGUUUUGGUGCAGUUAUAUCUGUUUGUAAAUCAUAUUGUUGGCCUUGGAUGAUCAAAAUGGUAAAUUGGUGUUUUCUAAUAUUUUGUUCGUAGCUUGCAAACAAUGUUCUGGGAUUUAUGUGACUUGCUCAAUUCUCAAGAAUGAAUUUAAAAUGUGAUUACUGUUUUAUAUUGUUUUGAAGUUUAUUUUAAAAGAAAAAAAAUAAUUUCAUAGCAAUAAAGUGAAUAAAAUUUGUAAA